CACACUGACUAUCCUUAACGAUGACGAACAGCCCAGCCCCUUUGGGAAUGAUUCCCUCCCUGCCAGUCAGCUACAUAUGUGUAUUACACACACACACACGCACACACACACACACAAACGCACUGAUGCACAGAUGAAGUGUGCAGAGGCUACAGUAGCAGCAGCAGCAGCAGCAGCAGAUGAGCACCUGAUCAUCUCCCUCUACUGCCAGGAAGCAUCUGCUCCAACCCUUCAGAACAUCUCUAUUCUUCUGCAGCCUAAAGACAGUCAGGCUUCAUAUUUUGCCUCCUCAGUAUUUUUUGCUUUCGAGUACUGAAAACGAAAAAAGAUGAAAGCUGUGAGGUGUCACAAAAAGGAUACGUGGCAGGAUGAAGUAAACGCUUUGGUGGACUUUUCCAGUUGAAGAGUUUUAGGAUGAAAAUCAAUACAGAGAUGGACAGGCAGGAGUGUAACCGGACAUAAUAGUUAGCCACUGCUAAUUCAACAUGAAGCACAAAGAGGACUGUUUAUCUGACGUUUGCUCCCAGUAGACUAUCACCAGAAAGAUGGAUGAACCACUUCACAACUCCACAGCAAGUGGGAACACAUCAGUUGUCCCAUCAGUUCCAUAUAAUCUUUGGGAAGUCAUCACGAUUGCUACCGUGUCUGCUGUUGCGAGCCUAAUCACCAUAGUGGGAAAUGUUUUGGUGAUGCUUUCUUUCAAGGUGAACAGUCAACUGAAGACAGUGAACAACUACUAUUUACUAAGUUUGGCUUUUGCAGACCUCAUUAUUGGAGUGUUCUCGAUGAACCUUUACACUACAUACAUUCUGAUGGGAUACUGGUCUCUGGGAAACUUAGCAUGUGAUCUCUGGUUAGCUCUGGACUACGUAGCAAGCAAUGCUUCAGUAAUGAACCUGCUGGUGAUCAGCUUUGACAGAUAUUUCUCCAUCACGAGGCCGCUUACCUACAGAGCUAAACGAACACCCAGGCGUGCUGGUAUUAUGAUCGGCUUGGCGUGGCUUAUAUCCUUCAUCUUAUGGGCCCCUCCUAUUUUAUGCUGGCAGUAUUUUGUGGGCGAGAGGACAGUUCCUCCAGACCAGUGCCAGAUUCAAUUCUUCUCAGAACCUGUGAUUACAUUUGGUACAGCCAUAGCAGCCUUUUACAUUCCUGUCUCCAUUAUGACCAUUUUAUACUGCAGAAUCUACAAGGAGACUGAAAAGCGUACAAAAGACUUGGCUGAGCUGCAAGGGACCACAUCUGCAGAUAGGCAAGACAACCCAAAAACACAAAGGCAACGAUCUUGCUUUGCUUUCAGCACUGACCGGAACAGAACACAUGGCUCGUGGUCUUCAUCAAACCAGAGUAACAUGACUAAGACCACAGCACAGUCUGAGGACAUGUGGGUGAAAUCAGAUCACGCUGCUGCUCUCAAUAGCUACACAUCCUCUGAAGAUGAGGAGCGUCCUGUAUCAGAAGCAGCAUCUCAAGAUUCCUACAAGAAUCAGGAUGAACCGUUGAACUGUUAUGAAGAAAGCCACUAUCUUGCUAAUUCCACCAAGUAUUGCUCACAAAAGAACAAGAAAUGCAUUUCCUACAAGUUCAAGCCAGUCCUGAAGAACAUCAGCCCACAAAAAGCCAACAGUGAAGCUGUUACACAUCCCUGCCCAUCAUCACAACAGGUAACACUUACAUCUGCGUCCCCAUCGGCACAACCUAUGGAUUCCAGCCUCAAGAGUCAAAUCACGAAACGGAAAAGAAUGGUUCUCAUCAAGGAGAAGAAGGCAGCUCAGACCCUCAGCGCUAUUCUCCUGGCAUUUAUUCUUACCUGGACUCCGUAUAACAUCAUGGUGCUGAUCUCCACCUUCUGCUCCGACUGCAUCCCUCUGUCCCUCUGGCACCUGGGCUACUGGCUGUGCUACGUCAACAGCACCAUAAACCCAAUGUGCUAUGCCUUAUGCAACAAAACCUUCCAGAAAACCUUUCGAAUGUUGCUCUCCUGCAAGUGGAAGAUGAACCGAGGAGAGGAGAAACUGCACUGGUGUGGCCAAAACCCACCAAUAACUAACAAACUCACACAGCAAGCAGACUGAGUAAUCCAUGUUGCAAAACAUAAUAUUUUAGCAAAUAAAUAUCUUGACUAUAGUCUAAUUUAUCUCAUAUUUUGUCCUCACAUAUUUGUAGGCGUUAUUCUGAUUUCAGUUUUUCAUUUUUCUAUUUUUUAAUAAGCUUGAAAUAUGCAAAAAUUCUGCCAACGGAACAAAACAAUUUCAAGCUUGAAAUUCAUAAAGAAAUUCUAGAUAUACUGUUGCUAAAUGUAUGUAAAUUCAUUUUUGCAUUUGAAAAUAUAAUUUUCUUCAAGGGAAAUAUUUCAUAAAUUUGCCUAUAUUCAAGAUAGUUUUCACUUGCUUUAAUAUUCCCAGUAAAAUGAAGUGCCAGCUAUGUGGACGUCCUAUAGCGUGUGUGUUGUUAUAUGCUAAUGAGUUUUGCUGUUGUAAUGUAUUGUGUUCUGCCUAAAAAGAAUUAACAUUCUUUUUGUAAAUGUUUUUCUAAGGGCUUAAGGACACACUUAUUGUAUUUCACAUUUCACAAUAUCUGACUCAAAAUCAUAUCAUAUUUUGAUCAGUGUAUUUUAAUGAAAGCAUAAUGAGCUUUCAUGAAAGCAAAUGUGCUUAAAGUCUGUUUAAACUCACUGUUACAAAAAACAAAACAAAAAAACAAAUCACUGGUUAUAGAUGCUGAUUUUCAGUUGUUAAAGCAGCCACUGACCAGUAUUUACUUCGAUAUAAUCAUGUGGCAGCAGAACAAUACAUAAAAUCAUACUAUUGUACAUGAAAAUCCCAGGAAAUUAGCAGUUUAUGAAAUACUCCAGCCAUCCUGAGUUGUUGAGAUCAAUUUUUCCCUUGUACUAAUGUUUGUAGCUCUUAUUUUGUAUCCGUAUGAAUGUAUACAUCGUGCUGCUGUCAUAAGAUUGACCGAUUAGAUCACUGCAUUGUGUAGGUGUUCCUAAUAAAGUGCUCAGUGAGCGCAUGCUUUUGCUGUAAUCAGUAAGAAAAUACAGAAAAGGAGAAGAAAGAAAGAGCAAGACCACAGUAAAGUGUUUAUUAUUUAACUUGACAUGAUAUUAAAGUCUAACGUGUCAGAGCAGUUCAAAGAAGAAUGGAAGUAUAACAUUAAAAAAGCAGACAUGAGCAGUUUGGGUAGCGCAUGGCAUUGUGGUAGAUUCCAAAAAAGGUUUUCCAAUGUUUUUUCCAAACUAUCUUGUCUCAGCGGGCCUGCAUUCAUGUCAACAUAGCUGUGUAUCACAGGAUAUCAGCACUUUCUGAAAAAACUGACACCACCAAUGUCACUCAAGAGUACAUUUCCCUCAUUCUGAUGUUUGAUUAAUUGAAGCCCUUGACCUGUAUCUGCUGCCUGCCUCACUGCAUGAAUGAGCAGGUGUACAGCUGUUCCUAUUAAAAUAGCUGGUGAGUGUAUACACUAUAACCAGUAGACCUGUACUGUAGCUACGUAACACGGUUGCAAGACAAAGUUUUAAUACAUAUCGACAAAUGAAAAGUACAAGGAAUUUCUUUUAACCAAACAAGGAGUGUGUUGACAUUCACAAACAUUCCUUUACUAUCACAAGCAACAAAAUAGUAAUCUCAUAUAUUCAGAUAAGAAUAGAGAAAAAAAAUUUGUAGUAUAAAAGCUUGUAUUUCCCUUUUGGAAUGUGAUCCGAAUAUUCUCCGGUAACCCUUUAACCAAUAUCGUAUUCUCUAAAGAGACUUUAGAUCCUCUUAGUGCUAAAAUUCCACAUAGAUUUAGAGAUUAGGACCAGAGAUCAAGUAGUGAUAUUUUUAUUUCCUUUUGGACUAGCAGGCUCUUCCUUUCUGCAAAUGUCCUAUAUUGUUGUUGCAUUCAUUCAUUAAUGUAUUCCUUUAAAAGUAUUGUUCAAGGAAUAAUGUUGAAAUAUGUAUGCUGUUUUAAUCCACAAACCCUGGGGGGGUGAAAACAUUUUCACUCACCUGUACACAAGCUACUUCUUUAAAUACUGAUCAUUCAGAAUAACACAUUAACGUUGUAUUGUGCCAACUGUUAUACAUGAACAUAUGCUACGACUGCAUCCAAUUUUUUAACUGAUUUUUAUUUUGUUAUAUUUAAAUUUAGUAGCCUCGGAUGCCAUGUUAUAAAAACUUACCUUGGUUUCUAAGUGCAGCUUGUAACAAUGUGGUUUAAUUUGCUAUGUGACAAAUGUUGUUGUAAUACAUUUGUUGAUAUAAAAGUGAAAAAAAAGAGCCUUUCUUUACAAAUGUCUGCAUGUAGAACAGUAAAGCUCCAAUCUCUUCAUCAUCCAAACUGAAGCAUCACCAUUUAGAUGUACCAACACAGCAAACUAUAUAAAAAAAACUUCCUACAGCGUCAUUUAUGAGACUUAUAUUAUGCAGUCGUCACUGCAGCAAAGUGUGUUACACCAGACUUAAGAUCUCCAACUAAAAUGUCUUGUGAAUUUGUAUCUGAUUCAAAUAAAAGUAUAUGUUGUCUUCUGGGAAAAAUGGGACUCAUAAAUUUACACAGAGGAAACAAAAUAUUCAAAGACACACACAAAAUGUCCAUUACAAUUUAUUAGCAUUCAGUUUAAAU